GUCGACUUGCUCCUCGCCUCGUGCCCGAUCGCCUGCGCCGACACGGCGCCGCCCGACUGCUGCCGGCUCGCGGCGUGCGAGUCGACGCAGUGCUCCUCGGACGGCAACGACUGCUGCGCACCCUGCUUCGGCUGGUCGAACGAACCGCAGCCAAACGGCGGGCACUCGUUCAACGACCCGGGCGGCAGCUGCGAGCGCGCGACGUGCCACGGCGACCUCGUCCCUGUCCGCUUGCCCGGCCACGGCUGCUGGGGCAAGUUCUCGGACGGGCUCUACACGUGCUGCCCAGUCGACGUGGCGCGCGCGCAGUUCCCUGCGUGGAGGCCGCCCUCCAUCUUCCAGGACGCGAACGGCGGCAAGGGCGACGGCGCGUACGAGUUCGACAGGAACGAUUCGCCCGACUACUGCUAG